UAUAGGUUCGUCGAGCUUGACACAAGCUCGUCUGGCACAAUAUCUCGCCCUUAACGCACGAAUGACGUUAAACGUUGCGUAUUAAACGAAAAAAUAAUAGAAACGACGAAAGUAUUAAUUGAAACGUGAAAAUUCGUCAUACGGACGAAAAACUUUCAAAUCUUAUGUCCGAUACAAAUUAUUCAUGUGGAAUCACGUAGCUGAAUUUCAAAAAUCGAACUUGUAAGGACAAAUAUCAGGCCGAGGGACAAGGAUGGAAGGAUCCGGACUCGGCUAUUCUUAUCACCUGCCAUCAGCAGGAUGGAACCUCAAGGUUAGAAAUGCUCUGUCACAGUUCAGUGAUCUCUUCAGCGAGUUCAACAAAUACAUCGCGCCGGCUUAUCAUCAUGACAGAUGCGAAAGGUCAGUACAAAUGCGUUUGUACUCGAUGCACAAACGCGAAUUCGUCAUGGUAUUCGUUGCGUUUUUCGCUUGCUUUGGAUUAGCAGUAUUCAUCGGUCUCGCGGGUCCACCGAUAACGUCGACGAGCGAGCAAAAAGCUCAUGUAAAUGGCAGCGAAAUGGCAACGGGACCAUUCAUUAUGAAAACUCCUGCACUCUCAACUUACAGCCAACAGUUGUGGGUCAUCGCCAAGUUCACGACGGCGAAUAAUGACGACGAGCGAUACGACAAAACUUUUCAAGUUAGUGUUACGAUCGAUGGCAUCACACCCGAAGACAGACUUUCGCCUGUUUUAGCCGCGGAGACUGGACACAAUCGAACGAGGCAUUUGAAAUGUGAGAGAGAAUCGUGCGAGGAGCUCGUCGUAGCACACUUGGGAUCAUUAGAUUACAGUCACUACAUAAUAACAGUGCGUUUUCACGGCCUGGAGAGCUUCCAUCAACGUUAUUUAAUACGUGAUCUCACAUUCUACUUUAAAAAUUACAAUCCAGCCUUCACGCAAAUCGAAAUAUGGUUUAGGCUCAUUUUUCUUUUGUCUACUUUCAUCGUCACGUGCUGGUUCGGUCAUUCGUUGAGAAAAUAUCCUAUGCAGGAUUGGUCCAUCGAGCAAAAGUGGGUUUCGAUACUUUUGCCUCUUCUCAUUUUUUACAACAAUCCAAUGUUCCCCAUGACGUUUCUCGUCAAUUCAUGGGUGCCAGGAAUGCUCGAUGCUAUUUUACAGACAACUUUUCUUUGCGCAAUUCUCAUGUUUUGGCUGUGCGUUUAUCAUGGGCUUCGACAGAACGAGAGGCGUUUGCUUACAUUUUAUCUACCCAAAAUCGUCGUCGUUGGUUCUCUUUGGGGAGCUGCUCUCACUCUGGCAACUUGGUUACGAUGCACAGAGCUCGAGGAUCCAACUUACAACUACAUCGUUGACACAUCAAAUUAUUACGGCUUCAAAGUAUUUUUCUUCACGGUCGGUGGUGUUUACAUUGCUUAUCUGUUUCUCCUGAUUCUCCGAGCAUACAGUGAACUACGUUCCAUGCCAUAUUUUGAUUUGAGAUUACGAUUCCUGACUCUGCUGGCCGGAAUCGUAGCCAUUGUUUGUUCAAUCGUAACCGCUCGACAAUUCGGCGCUGGUGUACUCGAGGACAGCUUCGCGUCGCGUCUAUCGACGUACUACAAAACUUCAGCACAAUUCAUGGCUCUUUAUGGGUUACUGAAUUUUUAUUUGUACACAAUGGCCUACGUGUACUCGCCUGGAAUUCAGCAGGUUUACGGACAACACUCUUCCAUAACAAAGGACAAUCCAGCAUUCUCGAUGAUAAACGAUUCGGAUGAGGAAGUGAUUUACGGAUCGGACGAGGAUAGCCGGAGACCUUUGACACGAGUGCAAAGAAGCACCGACGACAGUGAUUGACAUGACGUCCGUAAAAUUUAACUAGACGAAAUUUGUACAUCCUCGCGAAUAGAUUUUUUUCUACUCAUAAACAUGUAUUUAUUUUUGAAUUUCCAAAUAACAAAUAGAGCGUCGCACACUAGAUGAGAUCUGUGUGCAACAAUCGAUGUAUCCGAGACAAUACCCCGAACGAAAUAUAAAUUUAUAUAAGAACGAGGAACAAAAACGAUUCCGAAAAAAAUGCGACUGAAUUUUCAUGCGACACGAAUAAACCUAUAUUUCCGACCCAUUAAUUGAGCGUACUUCAACGUCGUGCUUUUUUACGAAGAAAAAAAUUUUUCAUGUAGAACGAGAAAACACUUUUUUUCACUUACGUUCAACAUAGCUGCUCCCUUGUUUUUCGUACUCAAUUUAUCCCGAUCAAUCAAUAUUUGUAUAUAUUUGUCUUAUUAUUUUUUUCAUAUUUCAAAUGAAAACGGGUAAAACGUUGUUUGAAAACGCGGUUAUUUACGAGGAUUCCGAAUUGCGGUUUGUCGACGCAGUUAAUUAUAGGCCCAUACUAUGUAAAUAUUUACGAUGUUCGAAUGUUGUUGUCAUAUAUUUUCAAGGAUUCGUUGAUGUUUAACGAAAGAAAAGCCGAAUUCAAACACUAUAUGACUAUUAUUAUUAUAUAUAAAUAUUCGAAUGUUUCUACUUAAUAAAGAAUGAUAUGGAAAAAAUCA